AUCACUAAGCCAACCCAGCUCUCUCUCUCUCUCUCUCACAGAAGAAAAUGGCUUACAAAUCUGGAUCAAUCCUUGCUUUCCUAUUCAUCCUUAAUGUCCUGCUCUCCUUAUCAGGUCAUGCACUUGCAGGACGUGACAUUCCAAUGAAUGACUCCAAGAACACAGACAAGAAACAACCCGAGUCAUUUUUUGAUGGCAGUGUGCUCAUUCCGGGCUUUGGCCGCGUCAUGGUCCCAAGGAUAGGGUCUCCUUUCAAUCCCUUCACAUACAAUCCCGUCACCGGCACCAAUGGGGGAACCGGUGCUACCAUCCCUGGCUUUGGCAGCAUUCCAUCCACUGGCGGGACCAGCAGCGGCAGCUAUGUUCCCGGUGGUGACGACACCUUUGUUCCAAAUCCCGGGUUCGAGGUCCCGACCCCGGGGAGUGGUAGCAGUAUUCCUGCACCAUCUGGUCCUUGAGGUAUUAGGAGUUGUCAGUUCAGUGUCCAACAAAUAAGCAUGGCAGUGCAUGGGUUUCUAUCCAUCACUGCCACGCCAUGAAGUCUUUCAUAUUGCAUGUGUUUCCAGCCUUUCGAUUCUUUUUUAUUGUAUCCGAUGGUUUGCCUGUAGAAUGAUGAUUUUCAAUAUAAAAAAAUGUUUCU